AUGGACGCCCUGUGUGGCUCCGGGGAGCUCGGCUCCAAGUUCUGGGACUCCAACCUAUCUGUGUACACAGACGACCCGGACCUCACUCCCUGCUUCCAGAACUCCCUGCUGGCCUGGAUCCCCAGCAUCUACCUAUGGGCUGUGCUGCCCUGCUACCUGUUCUACCUACGGCACCACCACAGUGGCUACAUCGUCCUCUCCCGCCUGUCCAGGCUCAAGACGGUCCUCGGCAUCCUGCUGUGGUGUGUGUCCUGGGCGGACCUAUUUUACUCUUUCCAUGGCCUGGUUCACGGCUGGGCUCCUGCCCCCGUCUUCUUUGUCACCCCCCUGGUGGUGGGGAUCACCAUGCUGUUGGCCACCUUGCUGAUCCAGUAUGAGCGGCUACAGGGGGUACAGUCCUCAGGGAUCCUCAUUAUCUUCUGGUUCCUGUGUGUGGUCUGUGCCAUCGUCCCCUUUCGCUCCAAGAUCCUUUUAGCCAAGGCAGAGGGCAGGAUCUCAGAUCCCUUCCGCUUCACCACCUUCUACAUCCAUUUUGCUCUGGUGUUCUCUGCUCUCAUCUUGUCCUGCUUCAAAGAGAAACCACCGGCCAUGCUGGCCACCUUCGGUUCCAGCUUCCUCAUCAGCGCCUGCUUCAAGCUGGUCCAGGACCUGCUCUCCUUCGUCAAUCCACAGCUGCUCAGUGUUCUAAUCAGGUUUACUUCAAAUCCCUCAGCCCCCAUCUGGUGGGGCUUCCUGGUGGCCGUGCUGAUGUUCGUGUGCUCCAUGAUGCAGACGCUGUUCUUACAGCAGUAUUACCACCGCAUCUUCAGCAUGGGGUUGAGAUUCCGGACAGUGAUCAUAGGUAUCAUCUAUAGGAAGGCUCUAGUCAUCACCAAUUCAGUCAAACGUGAAUCUACUGUAGGAGAAAUUGUCAACCUCAUGUCAGUGGAUGCCCAGCGUUUCAUGGACCUUGCUCCCUACAUCAACCUGGUGUGGUCAGCACCCCUGCAGAUCUCACUGGCAAUCUACUUCCUCUGGCAGAACCUGGGUCCCUCUACCCUGGCUGGAGUUGCUGUCCUGGUCUUGAUGAUUCCAUUCAAUGGAGCUGUGGCCAUGAAGAUGCGUGCUUUCCAGGUACAGCAAAUGAAACUCAAGGACUCCCGCAUCAAGCUGAUGAAUGAGAUCCUAGGUGGCAUCAAGGUGCUGAAGCUGUUUGCCUGGGAGCCCAGCUUCUUAGAGAAGGUGGAGGGCAUCAGGCAGGGUGAGCUCCAGCUGCUGCGCAAAGCUGCCUACCUCCACGCUGUGUCCAUUUUCACCAUGAUCUGCACCCCAUUCCUGGUGAUCCUGAUCACCCUUGGGGUGUAUGUAAGUGUGGACCAGAACAACGUGCUGGAUGCUGAGAAGGCCUUUGUGUCCGUGUCCUUGUUCAAUAUCUUAAAGUUUCCUCUCCAAAUGCUGCCCCAGUUAUUCAGCUCCAUGGCUCAGGUAACUGUGGGUGCAGUUGGGGGGUACUACUGGAGCUCAGCCAUGCCUCGGGCAUGCCCCAAGGUAAACUCCUCCUGUGGCCAGGGCUCCGUGGCCUACGUGCCCCAGCAGGCAUGGAUCCAGAACUGCACUCUUCAGGAAAAUGUGCUGUUUGGCCAAGCCUUGGACCCCAAGCGCUACCAACAGACUCUGGAGGCUUGUGCUUUGCUGGCUGACCUGGAGAUGCUGCCUGCUGGAGACCAGACAGAGAUUGGAGAGAAGGUACAGGGCCCCCUCCCAUCUCUGAGAAGCACAUACUGCUGCCCUCCUCAACCCAGCCACAGCCAUAUGUUCAUUCAUUCAUUCACACAUUUACAUAACAUUAUGCCCAGCUCUGUGCCAAGCACUGGGGAAACUGAUCUAUCAUCUGCUCUUGGAGAGGUACCCAGCUGGAAAUGUCUGCCUUCCUUCCCCAUUCCCAGUGUAGGCCAGAGGCAGCUCGUGUGCUUGGCUCGAGCCCUGCUUCGCAAGAGCCGCAUCCUGGUUUUAGAUGAGGCCACAGCUGCCAUUGACAUGGAGACAGAUGACUUAAUCCAGGAUACUAUCCGUACCCAGUUUGAUGCCUGCACUGUCCUGACCAUCGCACACCGGCUUAACACUAUCAUGAAAUAUGACAGGAUCUUGGUCACUUGUCAAGGUGUGGUGCUGGAGNUUGAUUCUCCAGCCAACCUCAUUGCAGCUAGAGGCAUUUUCUACGGGAUGGCCAAAGAUGCUGGACUUGCCUAAAACACAUUCCUGAGAUUUCCUCCUGGCCUUUCCUGGGUUUCAUCAGGAAGGAAAACGAUACCGAACGUGCCCACGGGAUGGACUGAUGGCAAACAGUGGGGGCAUUUGUUAGAUUUUGCCCCUGUAAAGUGCCUCACAGGAUACCCUUAUCUCAAAUGGUUGAGAGAAGGAAAUGAGCCUCCAAAGGUGAAUGAUAUGCCUGAGGUCACAGCUGGUUUGAGGCAGACCCUAGACUAGUCCCUUGUCAACUGAAUCCCAGUCUAGUGGUAUUUCCACAUUGCACUGUUUUCAAACAAUCAUUUCAUGAAAUGACCUCCUUCCUUCCUUGGAUUUUUCAUACUUUCUCAAGCUUUUUUGGUUUUUUAAAUAAAAAGCUUUUUCCUCCUGGAACAGUCUGCUGGGUUAGGCCAUCCCUAGGAACAGAGUCCUGUACUCUGGGGUGCUACCUGAAUCCAUUAAAAAUGGAGCACUGGGCAGCGCCUGUGGCUCAAAAGGGUAGGGCACUGGCCCCAUAUGCCGGAGGUGGUGGGUUCAAACACAGACCCGGCCAAAAAAAAGGAAAAAAAAAAAAUGGAGCACUGAUGAAAUAAACUAUGUGGUCAACAGUA